AUGGACGUGCUGAAGCGCGAGCUCCAGCGCAAGCGCCAGCUGAUCGACGCCGACUUCGGGGGCCGCAAGGUCCUCCGCCGCGCCGAGAUCGAGGCGCGCGAGAUCCAGCGCCUCCGCGCCGCCGAGCGGGAACGCCUGCUCGAGAAGCAGCGAAAGCGGGAGCAGCAGCAGCAGCAGCAGCUCCGGUCCUCCCGCCCCGCCGCCUCGGCAUCGCCCUCCGCGUCCUCCUCCUCAUUACCUCCACCCGCCGUCGUCGGCGAGGCGGCGAAGGCCGAGCGCGCGGACGCUCCGAAAGAGUCGUCGCUCCCGAGGGAGGAGGUCGUGCGGCGGUUGCGGCUGCUGCGCCAGCCGGCCACGCUCUUCGGCGAGGACGACGCCGCGCGCCUCCGCCGCCUCCACGACGUGCUCGAGGACCCCGCCGCGGUCGCGGGCAUCGACGCCGCGGAGAUCGGGGAGGGGCAGACCAACGACUUCCUCCGGGACAUCCAGGCCCUGCGUGCCAAGGCGGUGGCGGCGAAGCCCAAGGCGGUCGGCGCGGCCGAGAGGAGCGACGGCGGGAAAGAGGAGAAGCAAGAGGUUCCGUUCGAGGAUCUUUGCGAGGAGGACAAGAUCGUAGCCUUCUUCAAGAGGCUGCUGAGCGAGUGGAGCCGGGAGGUGGACGAGAUGCCCGAGGCCGAGCGCCGGACCGCCAAGGGCAAGGCCGUGGUGGCCACCUGCAAGCAGUGCGCGCGCUACCUCGAUCCCCUCUUCAAGCUCUGCGAGAGGAAGGCUCUCCCCGACGACGUCCAGCGCGCGCUGCUCGACGUGGUGAAGUGCUGCAUGCGGCGGGACUACCUGGCGGCGACGGACAACUACAUCAAGCUGGCGAUCGGCAACUCGCCGUGGCCGAUCGGAGUGACCAUGGUGGGCAUCCACGAGCGGUCCGCCCGCGAGAAGAUCCACACCAACAGCGUCGCGCACGUGAUGAACGACGAGACGACGAGGAAGUACCUGCAGUCGGUGAAGCGGCUCAUGACCUUCUGCCAGCGGAAGUACCCCACGGACCCGUCCAGGUCCGUCGAGUUCAACAGCCUCGCCAACGGCAGCGACCUGCAGGCUCUCAUGGCCGAGAAGAGCGCCAACGGCUCGGAUGAGACGCUUCGGCUGGUGGCCGCAUCGUGA